AUGCCGCUCAAAGCUGCACUGCGCGACCAAUAUUUCGACUACGAAAGAUCCGUCGAGAACAUGCAGGAAAAAGUGUUCUUUGCAAUCAACCCUGACGGCGAGAUCAAGCUUCAACACAUCUUCGACCACAUCGCCGGCGAUCGUGCUCGAAUGAAAUAUCGUCAACCUAGAAGAAGCUCCGGCCAGUGGACGACCAUGAUUGAGCCCCCGCCAGUCAUGGAUAAAACAAUUAACUUCGACAAAUCUGUAUAUGGCUGCAAUGGAAGCAUGUACUUUUAA